AUGGCCGAUAAGAUUAGCGAGAAGUUAAGUGAGUUUAGUAAAAAGCCCGUAGAGAAGAUUUUUGGCAAGACCGCCAAGACGACUUCUGGGAGCGGGGGAUCUGCGGAGGAAGAGGACGAGAGGAAGCCUGUGACGUUUCCCAGGACAACGGAGCCGGAGGAUGCGGAUCCUAGAAGUGUGGUGCCGGAGGACGAGAGCAGCCAGAAGGAUAACAGGGCAGCGGAGGGGAAGCCCCGGACAAAGUCGUUCCUGGAUAAUGACAAGCCGGAGAACUUCACGCCCGUGACUCGGAAGAAAAGAGUGUCGUCGCUGUCGUUAAGCGACCAGUGGAUCGGCGGGGCUGCGCCUAUGACGCCGCUGGACAGCAGUGCCGCAAGCGACAGAAAGAACUCUGCAGUGUCGAGUAACGGUUUCUCGAGCAGGAGGAGCUCGGUGGCGGUGAGAGAGAAGAAGAAGUUUAUCGACCACGAGCGGAUUGCGUCGUAUGCGUUCGCGUUCGACAUCGACGGAGUGCUGGUGCGAGGGCCGGAGACGAUCCCGCAGGCACCGGAGGCGCUGCGUAUGCUGAACGGCGAAAACAAGUACAACAUCAAGGUUCCCUACAUCUUCAUCACUAACGGCGGCGGUCGCUCCGAAAAGGCGCGUUGCAAAGAUUUGAGCAAGAGACUGGGGAUCACGGUAACCGAGGAUCAGGUCAUCCAGGGUCACACCCCGAUGAAGGAUCUUGUGCCGGUCUAUGAGAACGUGUUGGUUGUUGGGGGUGUUUUGGACUCGUGUAGGAAAGUCGCGGAGGGCUACGGCUUCAAGAACGUUUACAUCCCAUUGGAUAUCAUGAAAUGGAAUCCAAGUGUUACGCCCUACUACCAGCUGAGCGAGGAGGAGAAGAGGAUCGCUCGCGAUGUUGAUUUUUCAAAGGUAAAGAUCGACGCUAUUCUGGUUUUUGCAGACUCCAGGAACUGGGCUGCUGAUCAGCAAAUUAUCUUGGAGCUUCUGUUGAGUGAGAACGGUGUUAUGGGUACCAUCUGCCCCACGGCUGAUAAGGGUCCUGGUCUAUACUUUGCACAUUCGGACUUUGUUUGGGCUACGGACUACGGUCUGAAUCGCUACGGUAUGGGAGCGUUGCAGGUAUCCAUUGCCGCGCUGUAUCAGGAGCACACUGGUAAAGAACUGGAAGUGACCAGGUUCGGCAAGCCCCAAAGAGGUACAUUUCGUUUUGCUGAGAAAGUGUUGUCCAAUUGGAGGAGAGAGACGCUUUCUGAGCAUGUAGAACAGCUGAAAUUGGAAGACUGUCCAGAUGGGGCUGGUAGACUGCACAAUGAAAGGGAUGACUCGCCGCUCGUGUCUGAUUCGUCAGAUGAUGAUGAGGAACAGAUGCCAAAUGACCCUUUCGGCGAAAAGGGCAUCACCCUAGAACGCGGCUCUAAGAUGAUCCUCGAGUUGCCUCCUGCUUCCACGGUGUAUUUCGUAGGUGAUACUCCGGAGUCUGAUAUUAGAUUUGCAAACUCCCACGAUUCGUCAUGGUAUUCUAUCUUGGUCAAAACUGGUGUUUACCAGGAUGGUGCCACUCCUAGGUACAAACCAAAGCAAAUAUGUGACAACGUUUUGGAAGCAGUCAAGUUUGCAAUUGAGAGAGAGCACCAGAAAGAACUGAAGGAAUGGAACGAUUCGGCCACUGUACGAGCACCAGUAGUAGAGGAAAAGAGGGAAGUCGUGGCGGAGAAGAAAUAA